AUGUCGGCCGACGACGAUACCUUUGAGAUCGACAUCUACGGCGACGAUGAGCCGCAACCGGAGGCCGCCGAACCCGAACGAGAAGCAGAGCCAGCAUCCAAACUAGAACCCGCCGCCGCAGCACCUUCACAACCUCGAUCAUUAAAGCAAGAAGAGACACCAUCGACCAACGACAACAGCACCACAACGCAAACUACCUCCGCACAACCACCCUCCUCAACCCCACAACCCUCCCUCAAACGGAAAGCCCCCACUGAGGAGGAUCAACAAAACGAGCAAGCCAACCCAAACUGGGUGGACGACCGACCUCUCGACCCCGCCGCCCUCCCCGCCCUCAAACUAGCCGACCUCCACUGGUGGACUACAGAAGAAGACCUGCGUGGCCUCUGCAGCAAAGCUGGCUCCGAGUCCGAACUGCAGGACCUCUCCUUCGCCGAGCACAAAAUCAACGGGAAGAGUAAAGGAGAAGCUUAUCUGGAGUUUUCGUCUCCGCAGGCGGCGACGGCGGUGAAGCGGGUGGUUGAGGCGGGAGCGGAGGAGAGGGAUGGGAGUGGUGUGCGGAAGAGCCCGUUUAAGGUUGGGUUUGUCGGGGUGGGGAAUAUGUUUAAGGGGGUGAGUGGGGUGAGUAGUUCGGGUGCGGGGGCUGGGAAGAAGGAUUUUGGUGCGCAGGGGGGUGGGAGGGGUGGGGCGUAUAACAGUUUCGGUGGGAAUCGAGGCGGGUUUGGAGGUAGAGGUGGUGGGUUCAAUAAUCGCGGCGGUGGAGGUGGUGGAGGGUAUGAUAAUGGUAUGCGGGGCGGUAUGCAACAGAAUCAGCAGUCCCAGCAGGGAAAUGGUAAUGGUGGGUGGGGAAUGAAUGGGAUGGGUGGAGGUGGGUUUGGAGGCGGUAACGGCGGUUUCAAUCCUAUGAUGGCGGCGGGUAUGGGCAUGGGGUUUCCUAUGGGGAAUAUGGCGAGAGGAGGUAUGAUGGGGAACAUGGGGAAUAUGGGCAAUAUGGGUCGAGGUGGGUUUGGUGGUAUGGGUGGGAUGAAUAUGGGGAUGGGUGGGAUGAUGAAUAAUGGUGGUGGUGGUGGCGGAAUGGGAGGUUGGAAUGCUGGCGGCGGGCAGGGAGGUUAUGGGAAUGGCAACGGGAAUGGGAAUGGUUAUGGUGGAGGUAGCCCGAAUAAUGGGGGCAUGCAAGGGGGGCAGCAGCAGGAUGGCAGUAAGAGGAUGAAGAUGGGGUAG